AUGAUGAAUCACGUCUUCCAGGGCGGAUGCCCGAGGACGGAGUUCUCGCACCGCAGGUGCGACGGCCAGGCUGUGUGCCUGGAGGCCAUGCGCCCCGGGAGCCGGAACGCGCGCUGCAAUGUGAGCAUCCUGUUGCGCUUCGUGCCGCCAGGGGGCGCGCGCGAGGUAGUGAUCAUGGUGGACGCGGGUAAGACCCUGCGGAAUGCGUGCCUCAAGAGUUUCCCGAAGUUGGGGGUGCGAAAUCUUGACGUGCUCCUGAUCACCCAUGAUCACGCCGAUGCGAUGAUGGGUCUGGACGAUCUGCGGGACCUUCAGCAGAUGGAGGAGCUGAAGGAUCCGGAGACGGGGAAGUCACAGGGCUGGAGGGUCGCUGGGGCUGGAGCCACGCGGAUCAUCAGCAAUCACCAGACACUCCGCACGUCCAGGGCUGCGUUCCCUUACCUCAAGGGCGUGCCCGACUUCGUCGCGCCGGGGGUCACGUAUCGGCGGGUGGCGCAGUUCCGGUGGGAGCAGCUCCUCAGCGACAGGUGCGCGCUGGACCUCCACGGCCUGCCGGUGCAGACCUUUCCAGUGUACCACGGUGGGACCUACGUGAGCCUCGGCUUCAGCUUCGGCCGCGUGGAGGGGGUGGGCGGUGCGAAGGGCAUCCGGCCUUUUGUCUACAUCUCCGACGUGAGCAGCCUGCCUCUAGAGACGGAGGAAUGGCUGCGCGAGGCGCCGAUCGGAGUCCUCGUCGUGGACGCCCUGAGGCGCGAGCACCACGCCACCCACUUCUCGCUGCAGGACGCGGUGGAUUUUGUGCGAAAGCUGCGGCCGCGGCGCGCCCUUUUCGUGGGCAUGUCGUCCUGCGAGACCGGCGACCACGACGAGGUCAACGCCGAGCUCGCGCAGUUGGGCUCCCCAGAGGAGGGCCUGGACAUGCAGCUGGCAUACGAUGGGCUGAUGCUGGACCCGAUGCGAACAGCUGGGCCCUUGCCUGGAGACCCUAACGACUGCCAGCUGUGCGAGCCGGAGGGCUAUUGA